CAUCAUGGUGGUGUCUCGCUGUUCUUGUUCUCCUGGCUCUCACCGCCAUAACAGCAGCGGAACAGAGUGAACAGGAUGAACAGCAGAGUCACGAACAACAACAGCCGAAGGAGGAGGAUGUAAGCGUGGAAGAAGAAGAAGGAGGAGGAGAAGAAGAAGGGAGAGGAGAUAGGGAAGAGGAAGAGGUGGGGAUCAGAAGCGACCCGGCAGAGGGAGAAAUGGCGUCGUCUUGCCCCUCCUCCUGCUUCUGCGAGACUGAGGCCGGCUACGCGACGUGCGUGGGCGACAGCCAGUGGGCGCCGCCCGCGCUGCCGCCCGGCCUCACGCGCGUGGAGCUGCGCAACUUCCUGGUGCCGGAGCUGGGCGCCGCGCAGCUGCGGCCGCUGCCCGACCUGCGGGAGCUGCAGCUGAACCAGUGCAACCUGUCGCGCCUGCUGGACGACGCCUUCGGCCGCCUGCCGCAGCUGGAGCGCCUCGACCUGUCCGAGAACCAGCUGACGCGCCUCGGGCCCGACGUGUUCACGGGCCUGGCGGCGCUGCACCACCUGGACCUGUCGGCGAACCGCCUGGCCAACCUGACGCGGCCGUUCACGCACCUGGCGUGGCUGCAGCACCUCAACCUCAAGGACAACAACCUGACGACGCUGACGCACGACACGUUCCAGGGGCUGGACCGCGUGCAGUACGUCAACCUGGACGGCAACCUGAUCGCGUCGGUGGACGUGGCGGCGUUCCAGCACCUGACGGGGCUGGCGCACCUCAUCCUGUCCAACAACCCGCUGUCGUCGCUCGCCACGCUCGACUUCUUCGGCUCGCGCCUGCAGUACAUCGACGUGUCCAACAUCGGCAUCGCGCGCGUGCCGCAGGCGCUGACGCAGUUCGUGCGCGACCUGCGGCUGGCCAAGAACGCCAUCAGGGAGAUCCACCGCGGCGACCUCGACUCCUACCCGUACCUGGGCCUGCUCGUGCUCGACGACAACGGCCUGCAGCUGCUGGAGGAGGACGCCCUGGGCCGCCACGAGUACCUGGCGCGCCUGUGGCUCAACGGCAACAGCCUGCAGGCCGUGCCGCUGUCGCUGCCGCCGGCGCUGCGCGCGCUCUACAUCGAGGAGAACAUGAUCGCGGGCCUUCGCGAGGGCGACUUCCGCGGCCUGGCCAGCCUCGAGCAGCUGUUCCUGCGGCGCAACCACAUCGCCAGCGUCGCCGACUGCGCCCUCUGCGAUCUGGUGAGCCUCAAGACGCUGGACCUGCAGGCCAACCGCCUGACGACGCUCGCCGGCAGGGUGUUCUCGCGCCUGGCCAGCCUCGAGACGCUCGACCUGUCGCAGAACCCGCUGCUGGCGCUCGACGCCGCCGUGUUCGCCGGCCUGACGUCCGUGCGCGUCCUGCAGAUGUCCCGCGUCCACUCGGACAACGUGACGGUGCCCGAGACGGCCUUCGACCCCCUCAAGGGCCUCCAGAUCCUCGAGAUGUACGGCUCGCCGCACCUCGUCGCCCUCAUCCUCAACUCCACCAGGAUGCUGCACUCGCUCAGGGGCGUCCGCGAGCUCAACCUCAUGCACAACGACCUCAAGGCGCUCAGGAACGACUUCCCCGCGUUCUUCCCCAAGCUGCAGGUUGCAAAGUUCAGCGGCAACACUUGGGACUGCACCAGCCCGAGCAAGAUUCUGUGGAUGAAGAGGUGGAUGGUCGCUCGCUCGCCGGUCACUUUCUAUCGCUCGUACAGCAUCAGGUGCUCGUCGCCGGCGUACUUGGGCUACAAACCCGUCAUUCUGUUGGAGAGCUCCGACUUCCUCAACGCCAGUACGUCUGUCAGUCCUCCUUCUACAACUACAGCCACAACCACUACUACAACAACAACAAUUACAACCACAACUGCAGCCAGCACUACUCUUGCCACAGCCGCUCCUGUCAUCGUCCUGAGUUCCGGGGAGGAGCCCGCGGGCGCCCACGACGUCACGAGCGCGGACGCCGUCGCGAGGACGUCGGCGCGAGCCACGACGCCGAUGCCGGACCUCGCCGUCCUCACGCGCAGGGACAGCAACUCGCCCAUCAUCGGCGUCGCCCCGUUCAUGGCGCGCCCCAAGCCCGCCCCCAAGAGGGUCCCGGCGACGACUGGAGCCCCCGAGACUGCCACCGGGGCCCCGGCGACGACUGCUGCCCCGGCGCCCUCCACUAUAGCCCCCGAGACGACCACCGGCGCUCGUGAGGCUACGACGGGAGCCCCAGAAACCUCCUCGGCGGCAGCCCCUGGCGCCACCGAAGGCCCUGCCCCCCCCUUCGUCCGCAGCACGACCGAGGCGCCCCCUGCGGCCCCCACCUCGCCCGCGGCCGCCGCCACCGAGCGGGCGAGCGAGGCGCCCGUGGCUAGCACGCCCACCGCGCCCUCUCUCGCGCCGGCGGGCGGCCCCGGCUCCUCGCCCAGCCCGAGGGACGGCGCCACGCGGGCGUCGCCCGAGAGCGCCACGAAGGCCUCGUCGCCGCCCUACUGGGUCAUCCACAACCGCCGGCCGCCGCAGGAGCCGGCGCGGCCGCCGCCCCGCCCGAGGGACGGCGCCACGCCGCGCAAGAAGUGGCGGCGGCCGCUCAAGGACGCCCGCCCCAGGACGCCGGACGCUAAGACGCGGGCGGCCGACGCGCCGGGGGGCGUGGGCGGCGGCACCGGGGCGCCUCCGCGCCACCGAGCCGCCCACAAGAAGGAGCUGUGGAUCUUCCGCGGCGACGGCACGCACGGCCUGGGCGGGCCGCCGCUGCCCGUGGGCGUGAGCGACGGCCGCGUCAGCGACGGCGCCGUGGUGGGCGCGGGCGUGGUGGCGUCGUGCGUGGGCCUGGCGCUGCUGGUGGGCGGCCUCCUGCUGGCGCGCGGGCGCGGCAAGGCGGCCAGCCCGCUGUGGGCGGCGUCGUCGUCCUACUGGCGCCAGGGCGGCGACGACGACGUGGUGAUGGCGGUGGGCAUGGGCGGCGCGGGCGGCGGCCUCGUCACCGAGUCGGAGGGCACCGUGGGCGUGCUCACCGAGACGCACCGCGGCCUCAACAACCGCCUGUACCUCCUCCUGCAGCGGGACUCGGCGACGGGCAUCACGCCCGAGUCGCUGCCCGACCCGCGCGCGCUCCCCCCCGCGCCCCCGCACUGA